AUGGACUUUCCAUUGAGAAUUUUUGGGUACUUGCUCUAUUAUGUUAGGGCAGGGGAAUCCAAAUUAGCAAUUAAUCAAGAUGAAUUCAAAACUUUGCCGAGAAUCGUAGAUGUCAGCAGUCCGCAGUUUGAAGAUCAAGGUCCGAUGCCCUUUGAGACAACCUUAUACGAUGCAAACAAGUCACCUUCUUUAACUUUAAAGCUCAAUAAAGAUGCUCCCGCUACAGGUGUCAAAUCAUUGAUGCUCAUGAUACAGGAUUCCGAUGUUCCAAUUCGUAAGCCUGCUACUCAUGCUUUUGUUUAUGAUAUUGACCCCACUAAUGCCACAUUCAAGUUUGGAGAACUUAAUUAUGAUGCUGAUCAGAAGAAGUUUAAAUUUGGUGGCGGUAUCCUUGGAAUACAGGGAUACUUUGGUCCUAGGCCCCCUCCAAGCCAUGGCCCCCAUAAAUAUACUUUUCAGGUGUUUGCUUUGAAUGCCACUGCAACUGAGAAGUUGAAUAGUUUUAAGUCUAAGGUUUCUUGGGGCAAUGCGUUGGAAGCAGUCAAAGGUAAUGUCGUUGGUAUAGGUAGUCUAGUAGGUAUUUACGAGACACCAUAG